AGCAGGGGCUGGAGCCGAAGCCUAGCCAAACAGAAAGCGCAGGAAAGGCGACGGGCGGAAGGCGCGCCUAUCGAGAAGCUGGGCGCCGGAAAAGGUCGGGCCUAAGAUGGCGGCGCCCAUGGGUGCCAGGAGGAGCCGCUCAUGUCGGGGAACGGAGCGGUGUGGGGACGCGUGCGAGGCCGCCUCCGCGCCUUCCCCGAGCGCCUUGCGGCCUGUAGGGCCGAGGCCGCGGCUUAUGGCAGGUGUGUGCAGGCGUCCACGGCCCCGGGCGGCCGCCUGACGAAGGACCUCUGUGUGCAGGAGUUCAAGGCCCUGCGGAGCUGCUUCGCCGCCGCGAUGUCCCCACAGUGCGUGUGCUGCCCUCAGGAACCCUCUGCUAUUUUAAUGUGCCAUUCUUCACAGAAGGCCAAGACGACCCCAAGGGGAGGCCUUUAGGAUGGACAAGCCUGCACUACGUUUGUGUUUGCUGCCCACAGCCUUGAGGGACAGACGCCUGAGACAUCUAAAGCUUUUAGAGCUAAAAGGACUGCACGCUCAUCAGGGCAAGAUGUGGGCAGACGGGGGAUCUGGUUUUCUUGCCUCGUGUAUGUAAGGUUUCUGGUUAGAGUAAGAAGCGACAAAGCAACAAUACAGACUGUGGCAGACCA